GCUGGCCCUCAUUCAGUCUGUCUCCGAGCGUUGUCGCGGCAUAACGUUCGAUAGAAUUUUAUAUUAUUAUGAACUGAAUACACUAACAUAUUACUUUUAAAAUAACCGUCUUCGUGUGUUUGGCGCAGAAGGGAAAUCGAUUUAUUAUUUACCUGCCUAAUAUCGUCGAGAAACAUAAUUUGAAGAAGUCAUUGACAUAUAAGGACAUCAGCAAACGAUUAACAAUGUUGAAGAUAGGAGUGUUAAUAUUUUUGAUAUCGUCGACAUUGGUGAACAGCCAAUGUUUCUACAAGGAUGACUCGUCUAAGAAGCUAAGUCCGGAAUCGAGGAUGUCUUUGUACCGCGGCCAACUGGAAUUCACCCUGCAUCUCUUUAAUGAAAUAAACAAAAUGGUGCCCGAUGAUAACAUAUUCUUCUCACCGUUCUCCGUGUAUCAUUCACUGUUGCUAGGAUACUUUGCAGCGGGAGGACAAACUGAGCAAUCGUUGAAACGUUCGUUGAAAAUUUCCGAUACAAUGGACAAGAUCAACUUGAUGACAGCGUACAAGGUGGACAAGACUUCGCGGGCGAUGAAUAACAACAGCGAUAGCUACGAAUUCACGUCCGUCAACAAGAUGUUCGUCGAUCGUGGCGUAAAUGUGCGACAGUGCAUGCUCGACGUCUUAAGCGCUGAAAUAGAAGCCUUGAAUUUCCAAGGACAGCCCGGGGAAUCGCGCGAUUACAUCAACGACUGGGUUUCACGAGUCACCAAGAACAACAUAAAAGACUUCCUACCUCCUUAUGCGAUCUCGCAAGUCACUAGAAUGGUUUUGGCCAAUGCGGCUUACUUCAAAGGAUUAUGGGCUUCAAAGUUCCUGCCCGAAAGAACGAAGAAGGAACCCUUCUUCGUGUCGGAGAGUCGUCAGACAUUAACGCAUUUCAUGAAACAGAAAGGAACCUUCCAUUACAUGGUGAACGAUGACCUUGGCGCUCAGAUAUUGGAGCUUCCAUACAAAGGCAACGACAUCAGCAUGUACAUUUUCCUGCCACCCUACUCUAUGAAGGAAGGUGUAACGAAUAUAAUCGCCAACCUGACUCCGGAGCGAUUGGCCGCGGUAGUGGAGGAGAGCUUCAUGGGCCGCGAAGUUGUUGUCGAAAUACCUAAAUUCACUAUGGAGAGGUCGCUUCCUAUUAAGGGUGUGUUACAAGCCUUAGGCGUAGGUGACCUAUUCAACUCAAGCGCAGACUUCUCCACGCUGACUGAUGAUCGCGGCAUUCUCUUCGAUGAUGCCAUCCAUAAAGCGAAAAUACAAAUUGACGAAGAAGGUACGGUAGCGGCCGCAGCCACUGCGAUCUUCGGGUUCAGAUCGUCCAGGCCGGCGGAGCCCAGUGUGUUUAUUGCUAACUUCCCCUUCGUCUACGUCAUCUAUGAACGACCCACCAACUCCGUGCUUUUCAUGGGCGUCUACAGAGACCCUAAGAAAUAGACUGCAUAGUACUUUAAGAUGUAUUUAUUUAUUUUAUUUUUCGAUAGUUAUACAAAUAACAAGUAA